AUGCUAGAGACUUACCUCAUGAAGCAGAUGAUUUGCCCAGACUCUCGGUUUGUUCAGUCCAGGUCCUCCUCGUCCAGCGGAGAAUACGGAGGUAGUGGAGGAAAGCGAUUCUCUCACUCUGGCAACCAGCUCGACGGCCCCAUCACUGCUCUUCGUAUCCGACACGGCAGAUAUUACAUAGUAGGUCUCCAGGUGCGCUAUGGCACAGUGUGGAGUGACUAUGUGGGUGGCAGACUCGGAGAACUGGAGGAGGUCUUCCUGCACCCCGGGGAAUCUGUGAUCCAGGUGUCUGGAAGGUACAAGUCCUACGUGAAGCAGCUGAUCUUCAAGACAGACAAAGGCCGCGUCCUGCCUUUUGGAAGAGACUCGGGCACCAGUUUCACCGCUGUUCCCUUGCACCCCAACACUGUCCUCCGUUACAUUAGUGGCCGAUCUGGAAGUGCCAUCGAUGCCAUUAGCCUGCACUGGGAUAACUACCCUAGCCACUGUACCACUUGCUGAAACCUGCCUUCCUCUCCGGCAGGGGUGCUGUGGUGGGUGUGGGAACUCCCUCAUCAUCAAGCCCCACGUAAACAUGCAAAUGGCUUAAUAAAAUGAUAUG